CUUCCCCCUUUUAACAUCCUCCUCCUGGUCUUGCAGCCCCAGAAAAGCUCGGCUUUGUGCUGCCUACCGAUAAUCCUCGGGGCGAUCCUAUGCAUUUAUAUGAUACCUGGGCAGCCAAACAGCCGCCUUCCGGCCCUCCUAUACUAUAACACUCCUUACACCCGCACCCUACCCCUCGCGCUCGGUUGUAUCUUGAGUCUUCCAAAUCCAUUCGAGGAGCGAUCACGCCAACCGCACGUCGUAACACAGAUGCGCCAGACACAUCGAGUCUGAUAGCACCUUGGGGGCCGCUGACCAAACGAGCCAUAGCCUCUCCAGCCAUCUGACACUCGCGGGGCACACCCAUCUUUUCUGGCCUGCGCCUGUCAUCUUGACUACUCACUCCUUUUCCCGCACGCAAAUCACAAAUCAAAGAGGCGUAUACCUGCUGCCCGCCUGCCCCCUCCUUGAAACCACAUUUCUGCACCCCCUUUCUACAUAUAUAGGUCCUCUGCUUCGCUGUGCACGGCGGCCACGAGGACCCAGGACCGGACAGGCCCUCGAGACGUCUCAGUCAUGGACUCUACGCCCCCUCUCACCAGAUCUCCCGCAUCUCCGCCGAACUCAUAUUCCUCCUCGGCCGGCUAUCCGUCCCCUGAUCUAGUGGCUCAGCACUACCGGCUGUCAGCGAUCGAACCCGCGUGCUCCAUGGCGCCGCCGCUGGACCCAGACAGCGCCGUGCCCCCCUUGGAGAACAUGGGCCAAUCCGCAUGGGCCCACAACAGCAUGCUGCAUUCGCCUUCGACCGGCGCGACAAUGCCCAGCAUCGUCUCCUCCGAGUACAAUGGGUUUGUGACUUACGACAACGGCUCCGUCCCAGGCGCCCAUGCGUACGGCGGCCAUCAGGAGGUCUAUGGCUCCCAUGGCCACCACCAUCACCAACACCAGCACCACCAUCACCAUCACCAGCACCUAGAGCCAGCCAUGUCAAGCCACUCGUCUCCCCGGCCGUCCUCGACAUCGCCCGGAAUGCCACCAGCGCGGGGCGCGAUGACGUUCCAGCCCGUUGUGCCGCUAUCACAGCCGCUCACGCCUCGCAUCAAGAUGGAGGCCGCUCAGCCAGAUUACGUGCAUGGAGCGGACUACCCGUCACCAAGAUCGAUCCACGUGCCCUACUCGUCCGAGGUGGGCAGCUAUUCGGCCGCCCCCAGCUCCGGCUAUCUCUCCGACACACAGUCGUCGGCCUGGAGCAAGGACUAUAGCCACUCGGCCGAACCCGACUCCUUCUACUCGGUUGCCAGCGGCCAGGCCAUCGGUAUCAUGGGUGGCGACAGACGCGCAGCCCACAUGCGGGCUCAGCGCCCGCGCGUGCGGAAGCGGCUGACUACCAAGGAGGAGGCCAACUUCCAAUGCGAGGUCAAGGGGUGUGAGAAACUCUUCAGCAGGAGCUACAACUUCAAGGCCCACAUGGAGACGCACGAUUCGAACAGGGAGUACCCGUUCCCGUGCGGCGAGUGUAGCAAGAAGUUUGUUCGCAAGACGGACCUGCAGAGGCAUCACCAGAGUGUCCACAUGAAGGAGCGGAACCACAAGUGCGAUUUCUGCGGGCGUCUCUUUGCGCGAAAGGACACACUACGGAGGCACAUGGAAGACGGGUGCUCCAGGAGAUUCGACAUCACCCUGCCCCCAAUGUCGAUUCCUUCGAUGGGUAACGGCCCCAUGCUCGAUACCUCGUCGGCCAGCCUGAGGGCCAGGGACACUCUUCAGAACGGCGAGGGCAACCCCGAUGAUCCUGGGGUUGCCAGGUUUCGACAAGGCUGGGGACUUGUAUGAGGAAAACUCGGCCCCUGUCAUGAUGCUAGCUGUGAUUUUAAGCGUGGUGUUUUUCCCGGCGGCCUCUGUUCUUUUUUUUACCACGCACUACGCGGUCUGGCGGUGGCAAUCCUCGUUAUCUGUUUGUACCAAUACUGUCUUGUAUGCUUGACUGUCUGUCGGCUUUUUUCUUUCUUUCUCUUGUUCGCUGCAGGUAUUACACUCGAGAUCCUGCCUAGUGCUUCAUUUUGUCCUUGGUCUUUUCUUCUUCAUUUUCACGCCAGUUGGCAUUCUGCCCUUUGGUUAUUUCGUCCACUUAGGAGUCACAGUCUCCUUUGUGAGCUCAUCACACUCCAAGGCCAUGUUUGCGCCUUUCUACCUGUACCCUACAACUUAGAUAUAUCAUUAAAAGUACGGCGGCGGCCUGCUCUUUGGAACAUGCGAAGAGAGACCAAAUAUAUCGCAAGCACACCUCGAAUUAAACACCUGCAUACGAA